AUGUUGGAGUCUCCAGCUUAUACGCUUGUUUAUGAGCCAAACUCGGCAGACAAGCCAUCAUCCUCCGAGUACAGAGGAUAUCUAGAAAAAGGUGACGAUGAGACAAAGAUAGCAGCCAUGAGGCAGAUCCUCACAACAGUUCUCAACGGGGACCCGAUGCCGGAAUUGCUCAUGACGAUCAUCCGUUACGUGAUGCCUUCAAAAAACAAGCAGUUGAAAAAGCUGCUUUACUUGUACUGGGAGAUCUGUCCCAAGUACGAUGAGCAGGGCAAGCUGCGCCACGAGAUGAUUCUUGUGUGCAAUGCGAUCCAGCACGACUUGCAGCACCCCAAUGAGUACGUGCGGGGAAACACGCUUCGGUUUCUCAACAAGUUGAAAGAACCAGAGCUUCUUGAGCCCUUGGUUCCCUCCUGCCGGCAAUGUUUGGAGCACCGGCACGCGUACGUGCGGAAAAACGCUGUGUUUGCCAUCUACUCGAUCUACAAGGCAUCGCACGACUUAGUUCCGGACGUUGCUGAGCUGCUUUCCGAUUUCUUGGCCGUUGAAUCAGAUGCAACAUGCCGCCGGAACGCUUUUGUGUGCCUUUCGCACUUGGACCGCGGUAUGUGCCUUCGGUACAUGGAGAACCAGGCCAUUACGAGUGUGGACGCGAUGCUCCAGUUGGCGUUUAUCCAGUUUGUUCGCAAAGAUGUGUUGGUGGCCGACCCGGAGUUGAAACAACGGUACUUGGAGGUUGUUUCGGACCUCUUGGAGUCGCAAACCUCAGUUGUGGUUUAUGAGGCGGCCACAACGUUGCCACUGCUAUCAAAUUCCACCGUGUACGUCCAGAGUGCAGCCUCGAAGUUUGUUGAUAUGGCAAUCAAGGAGCCAGACAACAACGUCAAGCUUAUUGGCUUGGAGAGGUUGGGCGAGCUUGCCGAGCACAGCGACGGCAUUCUCAACACCAUGGUGCUCGACAUCCUCCGUGUUCUGUCUGCUCCGUCGCUCGCAGUCCGCAAGAAGGCCAUCGACAUCACGAUGCACCUUGUUUCGAGCAAAAAUGUGGACGAUGUGGUGAAGUUGCUUCGCAAGGAGCUCGAGAAGGCUGUUGGCUCGGGUUCAGCCGAGGAUAAGGCUACUGAGUAUCGGCAGAUGCUCAUUGUGGCGAUCCGCAGGUGUGCCAUCGACUUCCACGAGGUUGCAGCAUCAGUUGUAGACAUGCUUCUUGGAUUUAUGGGCCAGCUCAACACGGUUGCAGCCAACGAGGUCAUUACUUUUGUGAAGCAGGUCAUCGACAAGUAUCCGGACCUCCGUGCAGGCAUUAUCUCCCGUCUCUUGGUUGCACUCAAGACCGUCAAGAGCGGAAAAGUGUACCGGGGCUGUCUCUGGAUCUUGGGCGAGUACUGCUUGGAUGAAAAGAACAUACAUGCGGCCUGGCGGGAGCUCCGCACGAGUUUGGGCAAGAUUCCGAUAGAGGAGGUGAAGGAGGAGGAGGAGGAGAAAGAUGAAAAAGAUGAGAAAAGCCAAACAGAUCAAAAAGACCAUCUUGAGCACAAUUCGGCAGCCUCCAGCAAACCAAAAGUGCUUGCCGACGGCACCUACGCGACGGAAACAGCGUAUGCAAGCCCGGCCGACGCGUCGGCGUCACAAAGCUCGAAGAUCGCAGACUUGUUGAAGACUCCUCUCCGGUCACUUAUUUUGAGCGGCGACUUUUACCUCGGGGCGGUACUCGCGUCGACUUUCGUGAAGUUGGUGUUGAGGUUGGCGGAAAUCAGCAAGAGCCAGAGUCUCUUGAAUGCUCUCAAAGCCGAGGCAAUGCUUGCCAUGGUGUCGAUUGUCAGAGUUGGCCAAAGCAGCGACUCAGGUGCCAAGCACAAGAUCGAUGAGGACUCGAUCGACCGGAUAAUGACGUGUCUACGGGUUUUGUCUGGUUGGAGCUCGGGAGAUGCCGAGAAAGAGGCCGAGGGUGCAUUUUUGGAGGAGACGAAAAGUGCUUUUGAAGACGAGUUGAAGGAGACGGGUGUAUUGAGCAGCAUUGCCGGGGAUUUGGCUUCUGAGAGCCCGGUAGAGCAACCCGACGACAGCAUAGUGUUCCGGCAGUUGGCAACAGAAAAGAAGGAGGCGGUGGAUGUCACGGAGCAGGAAUUGCACAAGAUAUCGACGGGAACCGCGAAAAAAGAGGAUUUGACGUCCAGAUUGAAGAAGAUCGUCCAGUUGACUGGGUUCUCGGACCCGGUUUACGCCGAGGCUUACGUUCAGGUCCACCAGUUCGAUGUCACACUCGAUAUCUUGGUUGUCAACCAGACCACCGAUACUCUCCGUAACAUGACGGUUGAAUUUGCCACUCUUGGAGACCUAAAGGUCGUCGACAAGCCGGCAACUGCCAAUGUGGGACCGCACGGCUUUCACAGAGUUCAGACUACCAUAAAGGUCACGUCUGCAGACACAGGUGUCAUCUUUGGAAACAUCGUGUACGAUGGACACCACUCCAACCAAUCCACCAUAGUCAUUCUCUCUGAUGUCCACGUCGACAUUCUCGACUACAUCAGGCCGGCCUCGUGCUCUGAGGCCGAAUUUAGAAGGAUGUGGAACGAGUUCGAGUGGGAAAACAAGAUCACCGUGAACUCCAGGUGGACCUCUCUCAAGGAUUACCUGGAUGCCUUGAUUGCAGGCACCAAUAUGAACAACUUGACUCCCGGUGCCGUCAUUGGCCAGGACUGCCAGUUCUUAUCUGCCAAUCUCUUUUCACGCUCCACCUUUGGUGAAAAUGCCCUUGCCAAUUUGUGCAUCGAGAGGUCUUCCGAUGGCCACAUCGUUGGUCACGUGCGCAUCAGGUCCAAGGGCCAGGGUCUUGCUCUUUCUCUUGGUGACAAGGUUGCUGCCAUUGCUCACAACAGCAACAAUGCUCUUGUUGCCAAGGUCUGA